UUUGUGAAUAAAAACAGCGACGCACGCAGUUUCCUAGUUGCUACAAACUGAUACGAACACGUUAUUAUUUAUAUACUUUGAACCAAUCAAGCCUUUCUAUCUGCGAGGAUGGUGUGUUUCUGUUUUCUGGUGGACCAGAGGAAGGAGGUGCGGCGGAGCAAGCCAGCAGCGGGGACGUGCUCGCGGUGCGGUGGAGGAGCCAGCGUGGCUGACAUGAAGACGGCCACCAGGUUCUGCUUUGUUCCCUUCUACUGCAAAUCUUGGAGAGCCAUUAUCUGCACUUUCUGCGGUGCUGUUCUUCGUUCUUAUCAUCACUGAUCACCAUCUUUCUCAUCAAAACUACAAACACAUACAUACAUACAUACAUACAUGUAUACACUUUUAUACCUAGCUAGUUUAAUUUCUGAUUUCUGAUCUUGAAGUGUAUUUGCCUAAGCUUUUCAUGCUUAGCAUUCUUAGCUUGUUCUUAUAUUUUCUUGAAGAGAUUGUAAUAACACCAGCACCUAGAAAUUGCAACUGUA